AUGGCAUCAGUGGCAGCGCCGUUCAUGGAUGACGCGAAGGUGAUCGUGUCCACCUACGAGGAGCUGCCGCGCCGGCGGCGCCGUCCCAUCAGCCGUGUCGCGUCGUCGUCCACGGCGGCCACGCGCGCCAAGGCGUCGGCGCCGAGGCAGGCCAGCAGCUACAGCCGCCGGGAGCUGCUGCUCGCGUACGCACAGCAGCUGCGACGGCGUCGACGCGGGGGGCAACAGAGCAGCGCGCCGUUGUUGCUGGAGUGGGGCAAAUGGAAGGCGGGUCAUCCCGUCGCCGGCGGCGGUGACGGCGUCGCUAUGAGGCGGAUCGGGAGAAAUUGGUGGUCCAGGUUGCGGUGCUGCGUCCGGCUUUGCGUAAGGACGUUUCUUCGGCGAGUCAAGCGGAUUAAAGAGAAUGCCUCGUGCAAGAAAGGCGAUACUAGCAGUAUGUUAGAUUAG